GGAGUGGAGAAUUCUUCCACACCACGUUGCUGGAGGCGCGAGCCGGGCUGUGCUGGGGAUUCUGGAAGGGACUUCUGAGCGUCUGGCUAGGACCGGGAGCGGGGAGAGCUUUGUCUGUGGCCUCGCAUGCAUGGGUGUUUGGGGCUUAUGGCUUCCGCUCUGAGCCUCCAUGGAGGUCACUACUGUCAGUACACCCACCCGUGCCUAGCGCUGAGCCAAGUUGCGCUCGAGGGGCAACAAGGCAGUGAGAGUUUGCACGUUUGUUGAAUCGGCAGUAUUAAGCGCUAAGCCAUAAAAGGUUUUGACAAGGCCUCAGGGCGCGUAAGGUUCAGUGCUGCCCUCCCAAGAUGCCACUCUCAGACUUUAUCGUGGCCCUGAAGGACAAUCCCUACUUUGGGGCUGGCUUUGGGCUGGUGGGUGUGGGCACAGCCCUAGCCCUGGCCCGAAAGGGUGCCCAACUGGGCCUGGUGGCGUUCCGGCGUCACUACAUGAUCACGCUGGAAGUCCCUGCUCGAGACAGGAGCUAUGCCUGGCUGCUCAGCUGGCUCACCCGCCACAGUACCCGAACUCAGCACCUCAGCGUUGAGACUUCGUACCUUCAGCAUGAGAGCGGCCGCAUCUCCACCAAGUUUGAAUUUGUCCCGAGCCCUGGGAACCACUUCAUCUGGUAUCGGGGGAAAUGGAUCCGGGUAGAAAGAAGUCGGGAGAUGCAAAUGAUAGAUUUGCAGACGGGGACUCCUUGGGAAUCCGUCACCUUCACAGCCCUGGGCACCGACCGCAAGGUUUUCUUCAACAUCUUGGAGGAAGCCCGAGAGCUAGCCUUGCAGCAGGAGGAAGGGAAGACGGUGAUGUACACAGCUGUGGGCUCCGAAUGGCGCCCCUUUGGCUAUCCACGCCGCCGCCGGCCCCUGAGCUCUGUAGUUCUACAACAAGGUCUGGCUGACCGAAUCGUCAGAGACGUCCGGGAAUUCAUUGAUCACCCCCAGUGGUACACUGACAGAGGCAUUCCCUACAGACGUGGCUACCUGCUCUACGGCCCUCCUGGUUGUGGAAAGAGCAGUUUUAUCACAGCCCUGGCUGGGGAGCUGGAGCAUAGCAUCUGCCUGCUGAGUCUCACGGACCCCAGCCUCUCGGACGACCGGCUCAACCACCUGCUGAGCGUGGCCCCGCAGCAGAGCCUGGUGCUCCUGGAGGAUGUGGACGCGGCCUUCCUCAGCCGGGACCUGGCCGCAGAGAACCCAGUCAAGUACCAAGGCCUAGGCCGCCUCACCUUCAGCGGGCUUCUCAAUGCCUUGGAUGGCGUGGCUUCCACUGAGGCACGCAUUGUGUUCAUGACCACCAACCACGUUGACAGACUGGACCCUGCCCUCAUCCGCCCUGGACGAGUUGACCUGAAGGAGUACGUGGGCUAUUGCUCACACUGGCAGCUGACCCAGAUGUUCCAGAGGUUCUAUCCAGGGCAAGCACCUUCCUUGGCGGAGACCUUUGCAGAACGUGUCCUUAAGGCUACAAACCAGAUCAGCCCUGCCCAGGUACAAGGCUACUUCAUGCUGCAUAAAAACGAUCCCACAGGGGCGAUCCACAACACUGAGACUCUGAGGUGACUGACGGGGCGGCGUGCAGCUCUGCCCAGCCAGGACUCCAAUAAACACGGCCCACACUG